GGCUUGUAAUCUUUAUGAGCCAUUUAUAUAUGAAUGCUCAGUGGGAUUUGAGGACAAUAAGCCCUUCAAGGUUACGUCCUAAUCUGUUGCCGGUUUUCCCAGGCGAGGCGACUUACCUACCUUACGAGCCUGAUCCUAGGCGAUAGGGACUUCCACGGCUUGCUUCAUUCAAACCUGUACAAAGAUGGCUACAGGAAUUUCGCUAUCCAGGAGCCCAGGGCCAGUGUGGGAUAACCUCCCGGACGAAAUCCUCCAUGAUCUUCGGCCACCGGGCUGACGUGGGCAGCGUGUGGGAGGAGGACGACCCGCUGCGCCUUACCCAGCUGCCGUACCGCCCCGCCGACCCGGAGUUGCUUCCGCCGGCGAGGCUGCACGGCUGCCCCUUCCCGGCGCAGGUGUGCGGAAGGUGGAGGCGGCUGCUGGACGCGGACAUGGCGCAGCGCCUGGUGUGGCGGCACCUCCAUCCACACACCCCUGCGCUGGAGCAAUGCGCGGCCCAGCCUGGCGGACUACCACGCGGCCUUCCAUAGCACCUCCCUCAGCGCUAGCAAGACCUGCGAGGACCGGGGCUUGGAGGUUGGAGCUGCGCGACCACCGCCUGCUGCCCUGCCUGCCGCCCUGGCUGCCCCGCCUACCGCGCCUGCGUCAUCCGGACCUCAGCGGCUGUAACGAGCUGGAGGGCGGAGGGCCGGAAGGGGUCGGCGGGGGGCUGGAGGAUCUGGCGGUGGGGACGGGGCUUCGUGUGCUGGUGCUGCAGCGCCUGUCUCUGGAUCGCAUGCUCCCCACCCCCGACGAGAUCUCUUACGCCGCCCACAUGGGCCGCCAGCCCGCCCGGCGCUGCCUGCCGGACCUCACGCUGGGCCCCAGCCUGCGCUUGCUGUCGCUGGCUGCCAACUGCUUCAGCCAGCUGCCCGGCUGGUUGGGCGCGCUGAGCAGUCUGGAGCACAUGGACGUGCCGCGUGAGCAGCAUGGGCGGAGUACCGUAUAUAGACUGGAGGACGGGGCGGGUGGGGGAAGGGAGGAGAGAUGCUGUUACGACAGCAACGAGUUGCACAUCCGUUCCCCGCUCACCUCCCUCGCCGCCCUCCCCCAUCUACGCCUGCGCGUACAUGUCGCCCGACGAGCCAGCCGGCUACUGGUGCGAGGCCAAAUGCACCAUCAUGCAGCACCUCACCCGCCUGGUUCGGGCGCUGAAGCGGAGACGCCACCUGCAGCCGCGACUGCUGUCGGACGUGUAGCGGGCCGCGGGCUGGCUUGCGGGGCUGGAUAGAUUGAACCCAGUGGGUAAUUGCCGUCCACAGUCAGUGGUGCAGGGGGAUGGAGACGGCUAACUGGCUUAUCCGAUGGGGAAUCGGGAGGCGGUGUUGUGCAGGUAGGCCAAGGCAGGGUGUUAAGUUAUUUGGGAAGUUUGCAGGAGAAGAGUGCAUAGAGUUGAUGGUGUGGUACUGGUAGUACUUGCUGCAGCAAUGGAAAGGGCAGUGAUGUGUAGGAGCAAGAGUGUUGACUAUAGACGGUUGCUGUUGAUGGGUGUGUGUUGUCUGUACGGCUGCUACACAUGCACAAGUAUGGAUUCUUCUUCUUCCAGUAUGCGACGUGAAGCAGCUGCAUUGCUCGAGGGAGGCCGCAAAGGUACUGUUGUCACAGAUAGAGUGCAAGGCAAGACAUGGUGUUGCUGCAAUAGGCUCCUUCAUUUAGGCGUGUUUCCUUCCUUGAAGCUAGGGUUGUGAGGGUAACUGCAAGAUGUUGACGUGAGGGUAACUGCAUCGAGCACACUUGGUGCAUGUGAUACAGAUUGUUCAUGAGUGUAGCUGUUUGAGAGGUGUGCAUGCGUGUUGCUACUUGAAGGAAAGCAACUUCGGUGACGACCGACGUUUCAGUGAUAUGUAAAACCAAC